UAUUGGUUAAACUGGAAUUUUGACAUGAACAACAAAUGUCAGAUGAGACCCACCCUACCAACCAGCCAGCCACUCCCCAACCCCAUUCAUUUAAAGUGAAACUACCUUACCAUCCUCUAGUCAGACAUUCCCAAAAAGAGCCACAGUAAAAACUUGACCUGACUCAACCUACAUUUCCUCAUUUGUGUUUCUUUCUGACAUGAGGGACAAGCAGGAGUAAAGCUUUCUGUUUACCCACCAAACCCUUCAGGCCUUCAAGCUGCUGCUGCUGCUGACAGUGAACUGACCCGGGACAGAAAUUCCACUUCAUUCUGCUGAAAGUUCUGUACACGUCAGGACACUGGAGACGGAGCUUCACACACUGUGUGUCUCGGCAGGGCAGGGGACCGGAGCGGUGGGCAGGUAGUGGACUUGGAACUGCAGACCCUUCCAGAGCCGUCCUGUGCAUCAGGAAACCACCCUCUGAUCUCCCGGUCAUCAUCAUCAGUCCACCAUGGGCCAGUCCAUAAGCAAACCCACUAGCCAUUUCCAGAGCUCCAAAUUCUUCCCCACUUUGAAGAACACCACUUACAGCCAGGCACCCGUGGAGGAGAACGCACCCCCUCGACCAAGUAUCUUCGCCACCCUGAGGAAGCCCCCCAUCGCCAAGCCCAAUGAUUUCAUACCUCUAUUCAAUGACUGCAUCUCUGCCGCCUCGUCCAGAACCCAGGAGUACCUCCUCUUCAAGGACCCGGAGGACAAGUUCCGUCCAACCCCUGAGGCGCUCACUCAGGUCUUCCUGAUGACCUACAUAACCCAAAGUGUGUGCCUCAACAUGACGGACACCUUCAACUGCACAGCCAUGACACCGGCGCAGCGCAUCCUCCUUGGGGCUGACUGGGUGUGGGCCUUGCUGGAGAAACCCUCCAAGAACCCUCGGGUCCAGAUUGCCGUGCAGGUCCUAAACCUGCCGCAGAGAGAGGAUGCUGAGGAGAACUGCGACCCAAGAGAGGCCUUCACUGAGUCCCUCCAGAUGGCCCAGAAGGAGUCCAGCAACAAGAAUAUGUACGAAAGGUUAGUGGACUUCUGCACCUCAAUCGGCAAGGACUGCUACGCCCUCUUCCUGUUCUUCGGGAGGAAAAACGACAAGGGGAACAUCUACGGUGUCCUCAGCAACAACUUUGAGGCAGCCAUCGGGAAGUGUAACAGGAUUGACAGACCAUUCAUUGAGAACUUCUUCAAAGGUUCAAGGUAUCUCCAUACACCUUCUGGAAUGAUGCAGGCUAUUGUCACCAAGAAAGAGGGGGAUCUUCUCACUCUCAUGAUUAAAUUUAGCUGAAUCAAAUGACAAAUAAAAUGAUACAAGACCACAGUAAUGUGUAAUGUGAUAUAAGUAUGGAGGCUAUUGAUGCAUCUCUUGAUAAAUACGACCCUGUCUUACUAAAAUGUGGAAUUUCAUAUCGUAAGACAACUCGUUAAUGGUGCAUCUUCCAAGUGUGUCAGUUCACUUCGUCAGUUUUCUGCUAUUUACUUAGUAAUAUUUUCUAAAGCUUGAUCCAAGAACUUGUUUAAACACAAUUCAUUCAAUUACAUUUCAACAUUAACAUACUUCAAUUACAACUUCGGAGAGAUUUACAUUUUCACUUACAGCAUAACAUGUUUCUCCAAGUUUUACUUGGUAAAUGGAAAUCUCAAAAGUGUGUGGAUGUGUUACAGAAAGAUUAGGUUUUAAAUCAGUUCUUUUAUUUUUUUUACAGUGUGUAUUCUGCAGUGUGAAUACUAUAGUACAAAUGGCAAAAAAUAAGGAAAAGUUAUACCAACAGUUGAAAAUAAUUGGAAUCAUCCUUUCAGUACAAACCCUCAUUGGGUCAAUUUUCUAAAAUCAUUUUGGCAGGGUCCAGUACCGGGUCCCUGACUCUGAUACUGCUAAAUGCAAUCCAGCGUCCAUUAAUUUUAUCAUUCUAAUAUUUACUUUUCAAAUGUGCCAAAAUGGCUAUCUUCCAUUUCCAAAUUCCUGUAUUUCAAGGUCCUUGCAUUUCAUUGUAAAAUACAUAUUUUAAUAUAUACAGUAAAUUUACCUUUUUAGAACGUGAAUUCACUAUGAACUUUUCUCAACUGUUACAUUAUGACUCUUAUAUUUCUGCCCUAAUGUUAUGUGAUAUUUAAACUGAUUUGAACCAUUUCCUAUUGUCCGCCUUCAAUGCUUCAUUUUUAUCUUGUAAAACACUAAACUGUUUUGAAAGGUGCCAUAUAAAUAAAGUUAUAUAUAUUAUUAUUAUAAAUUGAA